GGAACCGGGGGGACCUCGGUAGAGCCGGAGAAGUCAUCGGAGAUCCAAUCGGCCACCACGAUGUCGUCGAUGAUGGGAAAUAGGUAAUUCCUGACCACGGACAAGUGAAGAUGGUGCGCGUUGUACUCUUCGAGGUCCGACGCGGAGUCGUAGCGGGAAUGGAAGAGAUGAGUGAACGCCGGCGCCGGCGACUGCGUGCGGAGGAUCGGACCGGUGGUGAGAUGGCGGACCUGCGGGAGGGAAGCGAGGCCGUAGAGGUUUCUGAGCAUGUCGUUAAUCUUGGAAUGCUCGACGCCCGGCUUUGUUCUGACGAGCACCACGUGUUCGACGAUUUGCUUCGCUGAUACAUUGACAGAAGAAGCCGGGGAGACACGGCGGCGCGUUGUGGCGGUUGCGGCGCCGGUGCUGAGGAGUGGAGAACAAAGUGGUUUGACGGAAAUCAUUUUCUCUGUCAAUGGGAAUAUGAUGGAGGCUUUCUAUCUGAUGCCGGAUAUAUAUAUAUCCGGCGCGGCCAUAUGAAUCGAUUCGCAGAGACACCUAUCUUCUUCGCUGGGCUCUUCAGUCUUCAAGAUCUCUAAUCUUCUUCGCCGCGCUCUAGGAUCCAACUCGCCAGUUCGCUGUGCUCCAACAUUCGACUUGCCACUUCGCCAGUUCGCCACAAUUGGAAGUAAAUCAGACUGAAAUCACCGACUCGCAGUCCAACUCUCCAGUCUCCAGUGUCCAGUUCGCCACAAUCCUUGGCGGACAAUAAUCCUGAAUCAGACUCGUCAAUCGCCAAUUCGCCAGUUUCUUUUUCAAUCGCAGGAGAUUUUUUGAUUGGUCACCCACAAGAUUGGAUGUCAAUUGCCUAAUCCACAACAUCAUUGACAUUCACAUUUUGCUUGAUACCAUCGGAAGUCCAGAACCAACCACCAGAUGUUAUAAAAUUAUAUGAUUAUA